AAUCACAUUGCACGAACAGGCUACGAUCAAUAUCCGAUUCAAAGAUGAAAGCGAUACUCGCGCUAGCUCUUGCUACUAUUUCGGUAACCCUCGUUUCCGCAACUGCACCAAUAUGUCCACCGAAUCAAGGCGAAGACGAAGUGAUCCUACUUCCGAAUCCAGAUGAUUGUUCAUCUUACUACGCUUGCAACAGAGGAACGUCGUUCUUGAUGAAAUGUAACGAAGGACUUGAAUUCAAUGCCGAGUUAAAGGUUUGCGAUUGGCCAGAAAAGGCGCACUGCCACGUAAGUCCGCGACCGAGUACGGAACCAUCUUCAACCAAGUCCAGUAAAUUUGAAUAAAGAAUCGAACCAAUCCAUUAUUUAAUCCAUGCCACAAUCUAAAGAAUCAUUGGAAAGUAUAUAUAUAUAAUAAUUAAUAAAUAAAUUAUUAAUACGCAUUAUUAUUUAUGUAGAAUUUUAUUCAAAAACUUUAAAAUUUUGUUAGAAAAUUGUUAAAUAACAUGUAUAAAGAUUCGUCGAUAUGUUAAAUAUAAUUAAAUUAUCAUAAA